AUGGGUCCAUUUUAUUAUGAACAAUUAAGACGACAUUUAGAACCAGAAAGUAUAUCAAUACAAUCGAAAACAAAAUCAAUCACUGCUAAGUCACAACAUAGUUCUUUAUUACGUGGAGCUAUCGGAAUUAAAAAUAAACAACAUUUAUUUCGAAAUCAACGAAUACAUGAUAGUUUUAGUUCAUUUGAUACUACUGUACUUCUGUAA